AUGGGCGGCCUCUCAGAAGUCUCCCUUGACGACGGCCUGGCUGGCGUGGAGCACGCCCUCGGGGGCCUAGACAGCGCAUAUGUGCUCUUCAAGGCCGACUGGUGUGGCGACUGCCGGCGGAGCCUUGGCGCUGUGAAGGAGGUGGUGGCGGCCGCGGGCGGCACCCUGCUGGUGGUGGACGUUGCCAAGCAGUCGCCCAGCUGGAAGACGUCGGACCACCCGCUGCGGAAAGACCCCCGCUUCCAGCUGGCAGGGGUGCCCACGCUGGUGCUGUGGAAGGGUGGCGUGGUGGCAGCCAAGCUGACUUCCGAGCUGGAGGACGCGCCCACCACAGAAGCGGCGGGGCAGGCGGCUGCUGCCUUCAUCAAGGGCCACCCCGCCUAG